CGGAGGUUUUCAGGACGUUUCACUAAACGUCACCGUUACGUCACUCGUAGCAGUGGCGUCGUUUUAGCGCCGCUCGGGUGACGUGAGCGUUGCGUGUGGUGGCAGCGCGCAAUACGUUCCAGCUUGGCUUCAUACCGAACUAAUUAACUAAAUUGUUGACUUAAAUGUCACCUGAUCCGCGUGCGAAACCCUUCACUGAGCUGCAGCUUUCGCUUCACCCUAAUCUGGUGUACUUCGUUUGAGUCUACAUCACUGCAUGUAGAUUUAAGAGCGUGCAAAUUCUUGUAAUUCCUGCAAAGGCGACGUGUUUGGAGAGGAUCUGGGUUGUGCGACUUGUUGCUUUGGCCCAACUCCCCGAAUUAAGCAGCAGAAGGAGAAAACCCUGCUGACAAACAGCACACUCGUCUUAUCUAAAUCAUUUACCCCAGGUGGACUCGGGUCCGGUUGUAGAAGAAGGAUCAUCGGUGGGAACCAGAGGCACCUGAAGCGAGAGCGAUCACUUCGCACUUCCCUACAGGACAUGACCAACGUGGAGCCCAGAGCGGAGGGACGGCGCCCGGAGGAAGAGGAGGAUGAGGACGAGACCCCGGAAGGGGGCUGGGGAUGGGUGCUGGUCGGCGCCCUGUUCGUCAGCACCAGCCUCGUGUUCGGCCUCAUGCGCAGCCUGGGCGUCUUCUUCGUGGAGUUUGUCCAGUACUUCGAGGAGAGCGCCCAGGCCAUCUCGUGGAUCUCGUCCACGGGCCUGGCGGCACAGCAGUUCUUCAGUCCGCUCGGCGCGGCCCUCUGCAACGCGUACGAUGCCCGGGUGGUGGUGAUGGCGGGGGGCUGCCUCGCUGGCCUCGGCCUCGUACUCGCCUCGCAGGCCACGUGUCUGGUUCACCUCUACCUCACCAUGGGCGUCAUCUCCGGUCUGGGCUGGGGGCUGGUCUUCACCCCCAUGGUGGCCACGGUCAUGGCUCACUUCACCCGCCGACGCACCCUGGUGCUGGGCGUGGGCUUCUCCAGCAUCGGCCUGUCCUCCUUCGCUUUCAACCCGCUCUUCCAGCUGCUGGUGGAGACGUACGCCUGGCGGGGGGCCCUCCUGAUCCUCGGGGCCCUCAGCCUCAACAUCGUGCCCUGCGGGGCCCUCAUCCGCCCGCGGCGGCGGCGGCGGCGGCCCGAAGCCGCGGCGAAGGCGGAUCCACAGCGAGGGCCUCCGCUCGCCGCGGCGCUGCGGCGGGUCGCCUCCUACCUGGAGCUGCCGGUGCUGCUGGAGCGGCCGUACGUCACCUACGCGCUGGCCGUCACGCUCCUCAACGUCGGCUACUUCGUGCCUUACUUCCACCUGGUGGCCCACAGCCGCCAGGCCGGCUUCUCCGAGUACCAGGCCGCCUUCGUCAUGUCGGCCGCCGGCGCCUCGGACAUUUUGGGCCGCGUGGCGUCGGGCUGGUUCUCGGACCUGGGUCACUUCCGGCCGGUUCACCUGCUGACCCUGUGGACGGCGCUGGCGGGGGCGUUCAUCAUGCUGCUGCCCGUGAGCUCCCUGUCCGGCUCCUACGCGGCGCUGAUGGCGACCGGCCUCUUGUACGGCUUCUGCUCCGGGGCGCUGACCUCGCUGGUGUUCGCAGUGGUGCCGAUGAUCGUGGGCGUGCCGCGCAUGAUGGGGGCCCUCGGGCUGCUGCAGCUCAUCGAGAGCGGCGCCGGGCUGCUGGGGACGCCUCUGUCAGGGUUGCUCAAGGACGUCACGGGCGACUACUUGGCCUCCUUCGUGGUAUCGGGCGCUUUCCUCAUCCUCGGCUCUUUGACGUUGACCACGCUGCCUCGCUACUUCUCCCGCAAAGAGCCGCCGGCGCCUCCUCACGGGCUCCAUCACAAAGAUCAGGGUUUGCACCCGGAGGCCGAGCGGAUGCACGGCUCGCCUUCCGACGCCGAUCGCAGGGGAGUCGGGGAAGGAUCCGGUAAUCCGAAAGAGUGUGUAGCUUAAAGCGCCGGGAGAGCCCCGUUGACGCCCCUUCAGGGCAGCGAUGGCGCCGACCUGAACGCGCCGCCGGGGUUGAGACCUCACACAUUCAGAGCCAAAGACGAAAGGAACUCGCUAUGAAAAACUGACACUUUGUUUGUGCAUCUCCAAGUAACUUUCAAGUACAUCCUGCACAUGACAAGAUUACUUGUAAGGAAGCCUCUCUGCAGCGCUGAGCCUCAGGUAAUGAAACUGGACUCGUCACUAGCGAAUGUGUUUAAUGACAGCGCAACGCCGAGAGCGAAUGAGUACCAGCAGUCUUCCGCCUCAGGACUUUGGCCAUCAGUCCAUGUAUUAUGUCAAGAACACACAAGACUGCCCACAAGCCUUUCCUGCAUAAGCACUUUGCACUUUUUGUAAAACAAACUGUGUUCGUAGGGGAGAUAUUUAGCUUUAAGUGCAGGUUUGCAGGACAGCGAACAAAGGAUGACUGGGUAAAAAAAUAAAUGCAAAAGCCGUGUGAAUUAAGUCAA